UUUAAAGCAGCCUAAUUUUCUUUCAUUUCUGGCGAAGGACAUCCAAGUAACAAUGCCUACGGACGAUUAUAACUACCUGCCUGAUGCGUUACCUCCUCUUCCUGAAGUCCCGGACUCCGGCUCAGUCCUGAGUUCCGCUGACAUACCGGUCCGCUGCCUCCGCAACCCUGCCUUCCGCCACGCCUCCACGCGCUACUGCUCCGCCCACAGCAUGGACUCUUCCCCUGACAGUGCCGAAAGGCCCAUCAGCUACAGCUCCACCUCCUCCUCUGCCUCGUCUCGGGACAGUCACUGCUCGCUUGGCAGCCGCACCACCCUUGUCCCCACCCCUCACUGUAACCCGGUCACCACAGAUCGGGACUCCGGGGCGAUUCGGUUGGAGCUGGUUCCGGCCCGGCAACUGGGAUGUGGAGAGGAAGACGACAGAAAUGACAGAGGGAUGGACAAAGAAAGGGGGCCAGGGAGGCAGAGCAGUGGCCAGACGCCAACAGAACAUUCGGAGCCUGAGCGGAGCCUGGACAAAGGAGCAGAGCGGACUGGUCAGGUACAGGGACCCAGGACGUAUGUGGACCGGGUGGUGCAGGAGAUACUUGACACAGAGAGAACCUAUGUCCAGGACCUGCGAAGCAUUGUAGAGGACUACUUGCAGUGUAUCUCUAACCAGUCUCGGCUGGCCUUGAGCUCAGAGGAUAAAGGCUCUUUAUUUGGCAACAUCCAGGACAUCUUCCACUUUAACAGGGACUUGCUUCACGAUCUCGAGAAGUGUAACGCCGACCCUGUGGCCAUCGCUGAGUGCUUCGUAUCCAAGAGUGAAGAAUUCCACAUUUACACCCAGUACUGCACCAACUACCCACGGUCGGUGGCUGUGCUAACCGAGUGCAUGAGGAACAAGGCGUUGGCCAAGUUUUUCCGCGAGCGCCAGGAAUCUCUGAGUCACUCCUUACCCCUAGGCUCCUACCUGCUCAAGCCAGUGCAGAGGAUCCUCAAGUACCAUCUACUGCUGCAUGAGAUAGCCAACCACAUGGAGAAGGACACGGAGACCUAUGAGGUCGUCCAGGAGGCCAUAGACACCAUGCAGAGAGUGGCCUGGCACAUCAAUGAUAUGAAGAGGAAGCACGAGCAUGCUGUUAGGUUACAGGAAAUCCAGAGCCUGCUGACCAACUGGAAAGGCCCCGAUCUGAUUGGCUACGGAGAGCUGGUUCUUGAAGGAACGUUUCGUCUGCAGCGAGCCAAGAACGAGAGAACUCUCUUCCUGUUUGACAAGCUUCUGCUCAUUACCAAAAAACGAGAAGAAACCUACACAUACAAGGCUCACAUCCUGUGCUGUAACCUGAUGCUGGUGGAAAUUAUUCCUAAAGAGCCCCUGAGCUUCAGUGUGUUUCACUACAAGAACCCCAAACUGCAGCACACAGUCCAGGCCAAAUCCCAGCAAGAUAAGCGCAUGUGGAUCUUACACCUCAAGAGACUCAUACUUGAAAACCACCCUGCCAAAAUCCCUGCCAAGGCCAAGCAAGCCAUUUUGGAGAUGGAUGCAAUGCAUCAUCCCGGGUUUCAUUACAGCCCUGAUGGUGACAAGAAGGAUUCCUCUCAAACUAAGGAGGGCCCUACCCCUCGUAGAGGACGCCGGAAAGAACCUCUAUCCAAAUUACUGAAGACUGCCAAGCAAAAUGCUGCCAACACCGAUGGUGAAAAGCGGACAAGCCUGGGCGCCACCCUGCUCUCUCCCAUGUCCCAGCUGGCUCUGGGCACAAUAGGUCGCAGCCGCAGCCUCAUCAACCAAUCACAGGAAUCUCUGGACCCUGGUGAUCACUAUGACCACAGUGACAGAGAGGAAGGGGAGGAGCCACAUCAGCAAGAUGCUGAUGAUGAGGAUGAUAGUGGUCUGGGAGGUGGAAAGAGGCUGCGAGUACCUGGCAAAAGCAGCAGGAAGAGGCUGAAUCCACAAGCAUCUGUAGAUAGUAUAGAUCAAUGGAAAACCUUCAACAUGAGUCCUUCAGACCUACAGAGAGCCAGAGAAACCCUCGUAAGGGAAGGAAGUCACCACCCACCGCUUCUCAGGACACCUAACGUGACGGAGGAACCUCCAGACUCCCCUGUUCCCUCUGUAAUAGUGACAGAAAGUGACCAUUCUGUGAGGAACAUUUGGGCAGACCACCGGGCUCGUAGGGCCAUGUUCCCCACCAGACAGCGAACCAUGCAGCCAGAAGACGAGGAUGAGGACAUCUACCAGAUGUUUGUUCCCACAGAGCAAAGUGGACCAGAACCAGAGACUCCCACAGAGAGGUCAGAAGCCACGUUGUCACCCAGGACAGCUCGGCCCUGCAGCUGGCAUGUCGAACAGGUGCCCACUGUGCCGAUUGACCCUCCACCCAGUGGGAGCAGAGUCCUACGGAGGGCGAGCAGUGCAGGGGAGAAGGCUACAGAGACUCAGCAGAGUCCUGAUGAUGACCGGUCCGGUCACAGCAACCUGGAAGUGAUUCACACUGAAUCAUCCAGCAAUGACAUAUCUGGAUCCUCCUCAAAUGAGCAGCUGACAAUAGACGAUAUUGAAAAUGUAUAUGACAACAUCAGCUAUGAGGAUCUGAAGAGCAUGGGCCUUAUCAGAAGAGACCCAGAGGAAUCCCAGUCACAGAAUGAGACUUUUUCACUUGCACAGGGUUCCCAGGACCAGGCAGCAAGGGCACCAAAUGCUUCAGAGGUUCCAAGGGUCACUGAGCCUAUCAUCGAACCAGGCAGUUCCUCUGAGAGCAACCGGUCCUCCACACAGGAAGGGAAGCCAUUUGGGACAUGUGAACUCAAGAUAGUGGAGGAGAACAUCUAUGACACCAUCUGUUUUAGGGAGCCCCCAUCAAAAGAGCUCAAAGGCAUGAAUGAAGGCAAUAAAUUAAAACAAGAGAGAGACAGUCUGCUGGCCUCAGAACAAGAUCUGACUGGAAGCAUUGGAGGGUUUGUAUCCGAGGAGAGCCUACGCUUUGGAGAGGAUGAAGGACCAUCCUCCCAUCUUGCCAUGUGUUCUUCAGAACCAGAUUAUUCCUCCUCAUCUGCUUCUGAGACCUUCUCCCAGCGCUCGCAGAAAGGGGAUAAGAUGUCAGAGCAGGUUGACGAAAUCUGGAAUGACUUGGAAAACUACAUCAAGAACAAUGAGAAGAAAGCUGACCGUUUGCCUGCUGCCUUCCCAGUUAAUGGCAGUGAGUCGCCCAAGAAGACCUCCUCAGUCAAAAACAGUCCUACAAAGAGGCCCCAAGCAGCCAGCCCUCCAGCUAAGAGUCCCCCAGCACAUCAGCCGAAACCCCCGCCUCUGAGCUCCACACCAUCAUUCACCAUCCCAGUCAUUAACCUCCCUGACAUCCAAAGUGAAGGCACCACUGAAGAAGAAAGCCACAGCCCUUCUCCUUCUUCACGCCCACUGCCGGUCACCCCUGAACCCCCCGCAGGCACAGUGAAGAGCAUUCGUAACAGACUGGCUCGCCUCAGUAGCGGCAGCUUCCGCCUAGAGGACGAUGACCUAGUGGAGCUUCCUCCAAGAAAUACCCCUCAGAAGGACAAUCCCAUCAAGGAUAUCCACAGCUUGUUUCCAGGAGAGCUGGCAGGUCUGGACUCACCGCUGGCCUCCUCUUCCCUCCUGUUGGGUGAGUCCGUGGACUUCUCCUUGGAUCUGAUGGACAAAAACAAGAGCCGGGUGUUCCUGAUGGCACGGCAAUAUAGCCAGAAGAUUAAGAAAGCCAACCAGCUGCUGCGCAUGAGGAGCAUGGACCCUGGAGAUUCUUGUACCCGGGCAAGAGCUGAGAAGAAGCAGAAAGACCUGGCUGCCAUCUUAGAAGAAAAGAAACAAGGGGGAGCUGCAAUAGGUGCAAGGAUAGCAGAGUACUCCCAGCUCUAUGACCAGGUAAUGUUUAAGGAUUCUCCCGGUCUUGCUGGUCAGACCUCUGCUACCCCACACCACAGCCAUCCAGGUCUUCCUUCCUCUCCGUCCAUGCCUGAGACCUCCCUGGAGGAGGACUGGCUCCACUCCACCUACAGCAAUGGAGAGCUCUCCAGCUUCAUCUCAUCCAGUGAGGUGGGGGGCGCUCGUGCAUCUUCCACCCCUCAGCGCAGACUCACCUCCGCCUGUUCCAUCCCCUCUCUAAAGAACCUCCCUCACUCUCCAACCACCCCACCAUCGCAGAGAUGGAGCUCGUCCAUGUCGGUGCCAAGUGAGAAAGAGGAGCAUGUGUACAGUUCCAUUAAGAGACAUCCUUCCUUUAAUGCUCCGUCUUUGCCCACUUCAAAAUCUACCCCAUCUAGUCAAUGUCAGUCUGUCAGCACUCUGAGCAGCCUCCAGGAGAAGAACAACCAGGCUGGAUUCAGAUGUAAUGGACCCACUGAUCAAUCCACAGACAGACUCCAUGGCCCCAGCCUAGGCCGGGUUGGUCGGCAGAGCAGCCUCCCAGAGAGGUCUACCCAGGGACAGUCAGACCUCACUUUACAUGACGGCCAGCAUGUGGUGGUCCUGAACCGGGCGUCUGCACUGAGCAUACUCUCCGCCACCCAGAACUACCUGACCAACUUUAAGGACAACGGGGAAGAUGACGAUGACUAUGUAGAGAUCCGCUCAGAGGACGAAAUUGAACAGGAGCAGGACAGGUUGGCGCAACGAAGUGGUAGCUCGGCAACCCUUUCCAACCAGAAUCGGGGUCUUGUCCAUUCCCAGAGUUUGCCGUGCACACCAGUGCAUACCUGCGAGCGGCUGAGGUCUCUGGAGCAUGAGAAUCUGGAGAAGUACCUAUGGAGCGAGCCACGGGAGAGCCAACCAACUAUCGUCCAGUCUCUGAGGGAUAAGUUUCAGUGUCUGAGCUCUAGUAGCUUUGCCUGAGUUUUCAUGCCGACUGAAAGCCAAAUAUAUAUUAACCUACAGCAUAUUGCAACAAAAGGGACACUGCUGCUUUGCCUUGGAUGCCCUUCAUCUACUCCAACAUCGUAGACCACAAAUAAAAACAAAUAUUACACCAACAUUACACAUCUUAGAUCAAAAACCUGUGUCUUUGAUUGCAAGCAUAUGUGUAACACAACAUAUGUGAAUACUUAUAUUUUCUGUUACAGAGCUUCAGAGUAAAACACAUAAGAGGUUACUAUUAAAGGUCAAAAUGCCAUUUCAAAUCCUGCAUGUGAGCUGCCUUAGCACUUCCAGGUUCAAACAGCCUUCUUGUGUAUGUUUCAAAGAGUGGUGAUCGAGUGCAGGGGAAGUUAAAAUGAAGAAAUCAAAGUACAAAUGUUCUCAGUUGUUUGUAAAGGCAUUCAUUGUGACUCAAUGGGUUUUAUUCAAAUGAAUUCAAACUAUUUUAUUGCUUUACUUGCCAGUCUUAUAGAGAUCAUUUGAGUCUUGUGAAUUACAGACAGAGGACUUGUGCCAAUAACUGCCAAGAUAAAGAUAUGAUACCAAUUAUAAGAAAUAGAAUCUUUUCUGUGCACAACAUCUCAAACCGAAGUACAAGCAUUAAAGAUCUGACGAUCUUUGGAGGAUCUUGACUUCCCAUGUCAAGCUCUGUCUUUUAAUUUGCUAUUAAGGUUAUUUUAACUGCAUUUUCAGAACUACAGUAAUUAAUCUGAACCUGUAUAGGAAAGGUGAACCACCAUGGUGGCUAGUGUUUUAAUUGUGCUUACACUAUCAAACCUUUGGAACAAGCAGCUUUACAAAUUUGCUGUCUAGAUUUGCUACUCAGGCUAGAUUGUCACUUUUAACAGCUUUUUAGCAAUAAAUUUAACAAAAAGGAUGCAACUGUAAAGAAAACAUGUCGGCUAUUACAAAAUCCAAUAGGUUAAGUAUAACUAGGCUUAGACCCGUAAGUCUGUUUGAAGUUAUUGCAUUUCACUCUACCAACUUUGACAUCAAUAGGGUAUUGUGCUUUAAAAUCAAGAAGAAGAUGCUGAUAUUUUAGAUCAUCUUUAAGAAAACUGUAGGACUUCAUAUUUAUUUUGAAUCUGUGAGCAGGUCUGAAAUGUUUUUACAUGUAAUGGUCUGGGGGCAUCCAUCGUUUUUUUAAAAAUCUUACCAAUUUGAAUCUGUUUUAAAGAGGGACCACGAAGGAGAGCAUUAAGGAGAGUUAGUUAAAAGACUACAGUACUGUAUUUGGUGUACAUUUGCUGUUUUUUUUGUUUUUGUUUCGUUUUUUUACUCAAAUGGAUAGUCAGCUGUUUGUUUACUUUAAGUUAUGGGACACUCCCAGCGGUCACACUACUGAUAUUGCAUCCACAGUCACAGAAAGAUGUUGGAAAUCACAGUCAGCUAGUUUUCAGUCACAUCAAAAAGUUUCAUACAGCAUAAUUGUUUUUUGUUCCCUUGAAGCAACCCCAGUGUUCACUGUGCACACUUGUUGAAAAUUUCAGUCACUUAAUGUGUUGUAUUUAUUUGAUAGCAUCCUUAUGAUAUUGCCCCGUAUCACUAUUCCUUCAUGCCACAGGCAGGCUGAAAAGGAAAGUUAAAGUUAUUUAUUAAAAGAUGGUUUUAUUCAGAUUCAGGUGCGCUCACAAAAUUUGAAUCAAAUACUGUGAAUAUUUUCAGAAAAAGGUAGUUUUUCUAUCGCGCACUGCUUAAUGCAAGUUCCAAAUCACAAUAACCACAUUAAAAGUUGAAAAGCACAAUAACACAGUCUACUGUUCAUAUCAGGAAAUAUGCAUUAAAGAAAAAAGUUAGGAAUAUGAAGUAUGUUUUUUUUGUGUCCUCUAUUUCACUGGUGGGGAUUAUCAAGUCUUCAUUGACUCUUUUUUGCACUUUUCUGUCUUUUUUAAACGUUUUAUUUGUAAACACUUUGUAAAGAUGUACAUUUUAGGAAAGUUAUUCUUGUAUGCCAUAGGUAUGCUUUAUAAUGCUUUAAUGUUUAAGUUAAGUGUACUGUAUUUUUUUAACGGCCUAGUUGUCAUUGCUCAACAAAAUGUACUGGAGGUAAUAAAUUCAAAUUA